CGAGCUACUGUGAUCAGCGUAGGACAACAGACUUUGAUUCUGAUCUUAAACCACCUCGAACUUGUCAGUGUCUCCGUGAUGCCAUGGAAUGCAAGAACUGUGAACUGAGACAGAGACAAUUUUACUGUGAAAAUUGCCUGAGAGCCCAUCUUCGUGAUUUCCGCCUUCAAACACAGCAUUUUACUUCAGACCGUGAUGAGCAGGUCGCGAAAGCAUCGAAAGCUCUACUUGCUGUUGAACCUGCUCGUCUUAUCAGGGCUACAUUAGCGAGGUCACAGGAAAGAGUAGAAGAAUUGUUGGAUGGUUUAGCAAAACUCAAGCGCGACAAUGAAUCCAAACGUGAUGCUCUUCGCUCUAUGCGCGAGAAUCUGGCCACCCGUAGGCGUACGCUUUCCGCAGCCAAGCUCUUACCUACUCCGCCACUUGAAUACUCCACCGCUAAAGAAACUCAGGAGUUGAUGGCCCUGUCAAACACACUGUCAAGGGCUCGGUCUGGCUUAGUCCAAGAGCUUGUGGAAGUGUUCAAUGUUGUAGAAGUGGGUGGACGACCACCAAUUGGAGGGAGAGCUGGGACCAAAGGGGAGUGGACAAUUGGUGAUUUGAUACUGCCAGUCCCUGGUGAUAUUCGACGAUACCCCCCAGAUCAUAUCAAUGCGGUUAUCACACACACAGUUCAUUUUCUGGGUCUUCUGACAUUUUAUCUUGGAAUUAAAUUACCUUUUGAGAUACAAUGGAGCGGGAAACGCUUCGGUGUCGGACAACCAUGGAUUGGAGCUUGUAAAGGGACAGAGUCAGGGAGUUGGGCGAAAUGGUCUGCCAAACAUCCACUUCAUUUAUCCUCGUCAAAUUUAUCGUCAUCGCCGUCCUCCUCCCCUUCUCCUUCUUCACCACCCUCGCCAACUACACCCCUCCCCGCAUCUAUAUCAGACUCCUACACAGAAACAAGUCCAUCUUCGCAAAAGUCAUUCACAACAGCUUUCGCGAUGCUUUUAUAUAAUGUUUGCUAUCUUGCCCACACGCAAUCUGUAGAGAUACCCCUCUCUCAAGCUGGCGAUGUUUUGAGUAAUUUAUGGGCUGUCUGCUGUAGUCCGGAUUUAGGACGACGAUCCCACGAAACGACGCCUCUUCUUGCUCCCCCAACGCCUACCUCCUUUCAACUAGAUUUCGCGCAAUUAUUACAGGCUACUACCGCAAGUCCUGCUUCACGACCUCGGGGAAGAGGUCCAGGAGCUCGUCAGUCUCCCAUAGUACGUUCUCCUCGCAGGCAGGAACGUAUUCCGGAGGAGGAGGAAGGUUGGGAUUUGGUCGAUGAUGUAGGCGACGGAUUUGGUUAGAGUAUCAGAUAUGUCGGCCACCUCAUUAUCUUCUUUUGUCCCGGGCCGAUGUCUUGGUUUCUUUUGUAGCGAUAAUAACGAUCACUGUAUUUAUUUUAGACAUCAUAGAAAUCGAGGCACGACAUGUCAAGAGC